AUGGCGCUGCCCGACGACUCCGACGCCGCCUCGUCCAAGAAGCGCCCCCACGACGCUCCCACCCCGUCCGGCGCGUCGUCCCCCAACGGCGACGCCGGCCCUCCCCGCAAGCGCAAGAGCAAGCGGUCCAGGCCCGACCCCGUCAACGGCCAGCCCGGCAAGCGCCGCAGCAGCAUCGGCAAGGCGGCCCGCGACCCCAGGGACGAGCCCCCCCCGCGGAAGAAGGUCCCCGACGCCGAGGAGCCGUCGCCCAGCCCCAUCAUCGAGCUUGACGGCCUCAGCCGGCCUGGCCGAGGCACGAGACGCCGGCGCGACGAGGGCGCGGACGAAGCGGCCGCCCGGCUGGACAAGAUGCGCGGCGCUGUGCGCACCCUCCUCGAGUGCGUGGGCGAGGACCCCGACCGGGAAGGCCUGCUCGACACGCCGUCGCGGUACGCCAAGGCCCUCUUGUUCCUCACCAGCGGCUACCAGGUCGACGUCGAAGAGCUCGUCAACAACGCCGUCUUCCACGAAGGCCACAACGAGAUGAUUGUCGUCAAGAACAUUGAGAUCAACUCCCUCUGCGAGCACCAUCUCGUCCCGUUUAUUGGAAAGAUGCACAUUGGCUAUAUCCCGUCCAACUCGGUCAUCGGGCUGUCUAAGCUGCCGCGCAUCGCGCAAAUGUACGCUCGCCGCCUGCAGAUCCAGGAACGAUUGACCAAAGAGGUCGCCAAUGCGGUCAUGGACAUUCUCAAACCGCAGGGCGUGGCCGUCGUCAUGGAGUCCAGCCAUCUCUGCAUGGUGAUGCGAGGAGUCGAGCAGACGGCCACCUCGACAAUCACGUCGGCCGUUCUGGGCUGUUUUGAGACAAAGUCCAAAACGAGGUCCGAGUUUUUUUCUCUCGUUGGGCUUAACAAGGCCUAA